GAAAAAAUGCCCCCACCAAGAUGGCCCCGCGAAGGCACGUCGCUUAGCAUGGCUGCUGCAUCGAGCUAAUUCUAUGUUACAAGGCAACGAGAAACAGCUUGAAAUCAAGUCGAGUAUUUGCGGCCGCUAUUGCAGCAAAACAUCCAACAUGUUGAAGAGGUUGGUGAAUGAGCGACUAACUGCGGCAGCUGAGGAAAUAUUCGCGCUGUUUGAAAGAACGAUAGCGUCGUACGAGGAGGAACUUUCCAGAACAAAAGAGGAGAACGAGCAACAAAGACAACAACUGGAAGCUGUUAGCAAGACUCCCAUUGUCUCACAUACUGAAGACGUCCUGCAUGAAGAACGUCCCCCUUUACCGCAGGGAGGGAGCUCCACGUUAAAGCAGAAGGAUCCAAAGCCCGCCCACAUUAAAGAGGAAGAGGAUGAACUCUGGAUCACUCAGGAAGGCGAAUAUUACACUAAGUUGGAGGAAGAUGGUCUUCCCUUAUUGCCACUGACUGUGGUCUCUGUGAAGACUGAAGACCAUGAAGACACACCGGCAGACAACCUCUUAGCUCCACUAUCAGACUGUGACGACACAUGGUCACACUUUCCUGAGGAUGCAGACAGGGACAACACCCAAGAAGCUUUGAGCAGUGAUGCAGGCUGUGAAGGUGUCCAAAACCUGAUAAGUCGUCAAGAAGAACCGCAGAGAGGUAGCAUCACUUUGGAGAAUAAGGAUCCACAGUCCCCCCACAUUAAAAAGGAGGAGGAGGAGGAGGAACGCUGGAUCAGUCAGGAGGGAGAGUGUGUUGCCAGGCAGGAGGAGGCUGAUCUCAGCAAGUUGCCACUGACUGUUGUCUCUGUGAAGAUUAAAGAUGACGAAGAUGAACCCCAAGAAGACUUCUUAGCUCCACUAUCAGACAGCAAUGACACGUCACACUCUCCUGAGGCUAAAGACAGAGACGACACCCAUGAACCUUUAGACAGCGAUACAGACUGUGAAGGUGAUAUGAGGACUCAAACUGACAACAAGCCCUCGGAAGUCCCUGAAAAGAAGACCGGUAAAAAAUGUUUGACCUGCCCGGUUUGUGCAAAAAGCUUUUCUGACAAGCGAUAUUUUCCUCUGCACAUGAGAACGCACACUGGAGAAAAACCCUUCGCUUGUUCAAUCUGCGAUAAAAGAUUCUCUCAAAAUUCACAUUUGUUAUCACACGUGAGAACGCACACUGGGGAAAAACCUUUUAGUUGCCCAGUUUGUGACGAGAGGUUCUCUAAAAAGUCCAAUAUUGUAAAUCACAUGAGAACGCACACGGGAGAAAAACCUUUUUCUUGUUCAGUGUGCGACGCCAAAUUUGCUAAGAGGUUCACUUUGAAGAGGCACAUGACGACGCACACGCGAGAAAAACCCUUUAGUUGUUCAGUUUGUGGCGAGGGUUUCGCUGUAGAAAUGUCUCUGAGUAGACACCAAAGAACACACACGGUAGAAAAACCUUUUUGUUGUCCAGUUUGUGAUAAAAGAUUUUCUCAUAAGUCAAAUAUGAACGCACACAUGAGAACCCAUACAGGAGAAAAAGCCUUUAAUUGCUCAGUUUGUGGUAAAAACUAUUCUUAUAGGGCAAGCUUGUCGAUACACAUGCGGAAACACAAAGGAGAAUAAAUAUUUUCUUGUACAGUUCUAAGAGCAGAGCCGACAACUUUUCUGGACUAUGUUGGAGACUUCCGGCACUUGCUUUUGGUUUCCAACAUCCUGACUCAAGGUAAAAAUCAGGUUCCUUUGGAUAUAAAGUACCCAGAUUUUUCAACCAAAUUAUGAAAAGAGUGGGAUUUAAUGAAUCGGUUGUCAAUGUUUUACAUGUUCCUUGUACCUCAACCUCAAAAAGCACAAGAAUUCAACAAAAAUUCAAGUACUGUUUUGAAUGAUUACUUGUUUUAAUAUCAUACAGACACUGGAUGACAGUAAAAGCACGCACUCUGAGCUCAGUGUCAAAUUACUGGACUGUUUUUGUUAAACUAAUAAACGUAAACAAUAUUCUAAUAUCAGAAAGAAAAACACCACUAAAGGUUUCCUUAUUGUCCACAAGUGUCAGGUUCAAACACUGAUGACAUCUAUUAAUCAGACAAGAAGCAAGGAAUCAUGCAGAGACAAGAGUUCAAUUUAUCUCAUGAGGAGAACGCAUGGAGCUGCACACUUAGUCACAGUCUCGCCCUACGCUCUAAGGUACAGCUCCCGCGUCCCUCUAUUUAUUCAGGAGUUCCACAGUCAACAUCACUGAGGCCACCUCUAAAAGGAGUGGUCACAUACAUCAUGCAAAGCAGGUCCAGUACGCACAAUACGUGACGGAAUGUGCUGGGGGCCUUGUGAUUGCCUUGUCUCUGCUUCGUCUGCGUGCUGUCAUCUUAUCUUCGUUGAGGUCCUUGAAGUCCAUGGCUGUUAGCGGGCUAAAACAAAGAUAACAUCUGCGGCUGAGGCCACCCCUCAGACAAGAAGUUUUGUCCUUGCACAGAUCCAAAAGUCUAACUUGAGCACAAUAGCUAAUAACUAUAGCGACGGACUUUAAACAUACUAAAGUUGUGUGAUAAUAUAUAUACAUGAUUAUUCUAACAACAGGUUGCAGACAUUCUUUGUGUAUGUUUUACGCUUAAUGUCUUUGUCCGUCCUAAACAUUCAUCUAUGUACCAACACGUUUGUCUCUGCACGUCAACAGCAUUGGUGAACGGUUGAGAGCGAUCAUUUGUGCUAAUUUCUGUUGGCCAAUGAUAGGCGAUGAAUUAUUAUCAUCACACAUCAACAUCUCUGUCAUGUAAAUUGCUCGGACAGCAUUGGAACCCUCAAGUUGCUGGCACGGCCACUCUACCGACCGAGCUAUACCGC